CAUUUUCUCUCUCUCCUCUGCUCGUAGGCCAAUGCCCACUUAUCGCGUUGACGCUGACAAGGGCUUUAACUUCUCAGUGCCAGAUGAUGCCUUUGUGUGCCAGAAGAAGAACCACUUCCAGGUCACAGUGUACAUCGGCAUGUUGGGUGAUCCUAAAUAUGUCAAGACCAGUGAGGGUCUGCAGCCUAUAGACUGCUUCUACCUCAAACUCAACGGAGUGAAGCUUGAAGCCAUGAACCAAUGUAUCAACGUGGAGCAAUCUCAGUCUGACCGCAGCAAGAGACCAUUCAAACCAGUUCUCGUGACUCUGCCCCCGGAGCAGGUGACCAAGGUUACAGUGGGGCGGCUUCAUUUCAGUGAGACGACAGCCAACAACAUGAGGAAGAAAGGAAAACCCAACCCUGACCAGCGGUACUUCAUGCUGGUGGUGGCGCUGCAGGCCCAGUCCCACAAUCAGAGCUACACUGUCGCGGCUCAGGUGUCAGAGAGGAUUAUCGUCAGGGUAACCUCUGCAUCGAACCCAGGGCAGUUUGAGAGCGACAGCGAGGUCCUGUGGCAACGGGGCCAGCUUCCCGACUCUGUGUACCACCACGGCAGAGUGGGCAUCAACACCGACCGGCCAGAUGAGGCGCUGGUGGUUCACGGCAACCUCAAAGUCAUGGGAUCCUUGGUGCACCCCUCGGACAUCCGUGCCAAAGAGAACAUCCAGGAGGUAAACACCACGGACAAUCUGAAGAGGAUCUCUCAGAUGCGGCUGGUGCACUAUCACUACAAGCCUGAGUUUGCAGCCACCGUGGGGAUUGAGAACACCGCAGAAACAGGAGUGAUUGCCCAGGAGGUGCAACAGAUCCUGCCAGAGGCAGUUAAGGAGGGUGGAGAUGUUGUGUAUGCCAACGGGGAGACCAUCCCUAACCUGCUGGUGGUCAACAAGGACCGCAUCUUCAUGGAGAACGUUGGGGCGGUGAAGGAGCUGUGCAAGCUGACGGACAACCUGGAGACGCGCAUUGACGAGCUGGAGCGCUGGAGCCGCAAGCUGGCUAAGCUGCGGCGGCUGGACAGCAUGAAGAGCACUGUGAGCGGGGGAACGGCUAGUCAAUCAGGAAGUCAGUUCAGUCGAGCAGGAAGUGUUCCUAUCAAGAAAAGAUCAGGCAGAUCUGGGAGCAAGAGUCCUGCUCCAGAAAAUGGCUGCAUCAGCCAAAAGUUCUUGCAUGGCGCCAUCCUGGCCCUGGUCAUUAUAAUGGCAUUCAGUGUUGUCUCCAUGUCGAUCCUCUACGCAUUGACUCGACACCAGCAAGGUGAAAUAGAGGCUGAUGGGUCGAGUUCCGGAUUGGGAUCAUCCCGCAAGGCCAGUUUCUCCCCAGCAGCUUCCACUCCUCCACCACAAGUCCCACCCUCUCCCUCGAUGUCCAAUAAAGAUCCAUGCUGCCCUUCUCCAACUUCCCAGAGCAACCAGUCAACCACAAGUGUGUUGCCAAGCAACAACCAGUCAACAUCAGCGCCCGUUAGCUUAGCCCCAACCCCAGGCGGCACCAACAAGAAGGCCAAGUCUCGUCCGAUAGAAAAGGACGCACGUCACAGGAACCGUCUGAGUCACACCUCAGCACCAGCACCCUCCUUCCAAUCCAAGACCAAGAGACCCCUGCCUGCAGACCAGGGGAGCUCCGGCGUGGACAAAUGGCUCCCAGCUCCCCGGCAACAACGUAGCAUCCACACAAGGGGUCGAAACCCCGCCCCCUCUCUGACAUCAAUGCGAAUCCUGGAGACGGGCCAGCCUAUCACCAUGGAGUUCUGUCCUUUGCCUGAUAGCUGCAGGACUGGAGUCCAUAGCUACACUGUCUCUCUCCAUGGAAACAACUACACCUCUCUUUCCCAUGUGACUCUACACAUGAGGUCCAACAUCAGCGUUCUGGUAUUCCAGUGUGGCGUCACCAGGGGGCGCCACUGUUCACCCUAUCCUGACAUGCAGACGCAGCACAGUGCAGAACAACCACACAGCCAGCAGAAUGUUUUCACAAAGGGGCAGGAACACUUAUGGUCUGUGCCAAGACUGUCCUUCCAGGACGUCAGCUACCACUUCCGUGUGGCGCUGUCUAAACAAGUAAUCUGUGCCACCAAGGAGGAGAAGGAAUACAUCGGUCAAUACUCUGAUUACCACUUCCUGUUUCAGCGAAGCUGUGGAUAAGAGAACAACGUUUAUGUAAAUGGAGUGCAUUAUGGGAGAAAAACAAUGUCCUAGUGUUCACAUUCCGCACUCCAUUAAGAGCACCUCCUUUUUGGGGUAGCCUGCUUUUGUGAACCUACUCAUCUUGCUUGAACAGAAAAGCCAUUAACAUUUGCUAAAUUUUUUAACCAGUUUUUUUAAGUAUAUAUUUAUGGAAAAAAAAACUGUGCAUAGUUUCACAGAUUUAGCCUUGGUUUAAGAGAGCUUAUAUAAUGUACCACAAUGGAGCACAUGUUUGAACUGUGCUCUGAGUUUCUAGUUACACUUUUUAAUGCCCCAUGAUAACAUCUGGAUACCACAGGCCAAUCUGUAGUUAUUGAAUAACUCUUUUAAGAUGUACAGCUGUGGGUCCAGACUGACCUCAGUCUUCAUCAAUUGACGGAGAUCAGUUUCUACAUACAGCGUUAUUUGGAGAGCCUGUAAUGUUAGUUACUUAUGUUCUCACUUCCAACCCCCUUAAUUCCAGUGGCUUCAUUUGAAGCUUUGUUACCUGUGUUUACACAGGCAGGCCCGACUUCACAGUGGAAUUGAUCUUGAUGUAGUACAACAGCAAAUUGGAUGAAAUUCACUGUAACAUUCUCAGUGCAGUGAUGGCACGACAAACCAGAGAAACUGGAAAUACGGACAGUUAGACUUACCCAGUGUUAUAAGCCCUGUGCACCAUCUCUAAGUGAUGUUCUCCAGCUGUCACAGGUGGUGAAAUGCUGUGUCAAACACGUCUAAAUUAACAACUGUAGAAAGUCAAAUUAAUCUGAACUAAAGAUCAGGGCAAUUUUGCGGAUGUUAAGUCCACAAUAUCUUUGCAGAAUACUGAAACAUAAAGAGAUUAAGGCCUUGUGUGCUUACAGACUAUUAAACUGGAAAUUGGAUCAGUCCCAAAGUCCGAAAGGCUACGGAUACUUUGGACAUGACAAUUAAAUUCACUCCCAAAUCCCCCAAAAAGAAGCUGGGGUCUUUUUCUCAUUUUAACUUGUGUAAUGUUUUAUGAUACUGGUACAUUUGAACUGGAAUGCCACUGAAUUAUGGGCGGACUGAAUCUUUUAUUCUCUAGCCAUUUGAAAACCUUUUAUGAGACACUCUCUUACGUAGCAAUACUGGAGCAUCGUAUCGCCUGAUAAACUGGAUCAAUUGAGUCUGACACUGAAUCGUGGCCACAUAAACUGACUUCACUGGUUAGGUUUAAGCCAUUAAUGAGUUACUGGAUCCACUUUAGGCUGCAUCACUGGAUUUCUUAAUCACUGUCAAGUUUGAAUUCACUGGAUCAAAGCAAUGCUCACUGCUGGACCCUUCAGUCCCAAACCUUGAGAUUUAUAUCAAAUGGUUUAAUACUUCAGGAACUGAGCUUCUAUUUAUUCAACUGGGUCUUUUUGUUGUUUUGUGUGAAUGUGGGAGAGUUUCAUGCUGAUUGUGGGUAUGAGUGGGCUCAGUCUCGGGGAGGGGAAUGAGCCAGGACGCCCUGUGAGGGUUUGACUCUGACCUGGAACCUACAUGAUGGAGCAGUUGAGGUCACCUUUGUAGACCAGCUGUCAGAGGUGCUGAAAAUGAAGCCUUUAUUUCUAUUCCUCUCUCUUUGGUCCUAUAGGCACUCUGCACUAGCUCCUCCUCUCCUGUUUUUCCUCUCUCUCUCUUUCACUUUUCUGUCUUUCUAAACAAGCUUCCACCAAGAGAUAUAGUUAAAUGGUGCCAUGUGACCAACUUGCUUCGCCAAUGCGAGCCGUGGUGACGAGGACCUCAGCCCGCAGCUCCCCCCCCCGCUUCUUACUGAUCAAUAAUUGCCUGAAGCCAUCUGGCUGACUUCUAUCUGACCCCCUCAAACCAUCUCACCAACCUCUCUGUGACCCCCCUCCCAUCCAGACCAUCUCACUGAUCUCUCCAUGACCCUCUCAGAGCAUCAUACCUACACACAUCAGGCAUGCCAAUAGUGAAUGGAGUGUUUUAACCUGAUAUGCAACAGUGGCCCAGUCAUAAACACACAUUAUUGAUCGGAUACAUACAAUUCAUAUGUCGGUUUAUGAACCUGCACAAUAAUGACAGAUACUUAUAGUCUGGAUUUUGCCUGGCACUUCAUUUUUCAUCCUCUUCCAGCAAAAAACAUUCUUUUAUUCUUGACACUUAAUUUUUGGACCUUUUAUGUUCGUAUGAACAUAAUAUUUAGCUGUUUGUGAUAGUGGUGAGGGCUGUCUUUCUGGGCUUCAGUGAAUGAAUGUUGUUGGAAUCGAGAAUUCUGUGGCUCAGGUAUUCUUACAUAUACCUAGACUUUAAAGACGGGGACUCGCUGCAAAAUAAAGCAGGCAUUUCCCCGUGGCAAAAACACACAUACUGUGGCAUUCUGGGAAUUCCUCAUGAACCAGGCCUCCCCCACCGUGGUUCUAAUGCAGUUGUCUGGCACUCAGCCAUUACAUUGAGCUGGCUUUUUGUUCCCAAAAACAAGUGUGGUUUAACAAACUAGAGAGCAUCAUAUUAACUUCUAAAAUAGAACAAAAGUAAAGUGGAAGUAUUUUCAACCUUGUAUCCUUUGCCAAGGCUAACAUAUACCGUAUAUCACUCCUUUUUGCCUGAUCAAGUAUAACCACUAGUAAGGGGAACUAAUCUUUUUGGACAUAACUGAUACAAGAAGAAAAAAACCUUAUGCUUAGGGCACUUUUCUUUACUUUUAUUCCCAAGGACAAAUUUACUUCCCUCUUCAUGGGUAAACGCUUGUUUUAUUUAAGAUAUACAUACUGUACCAUUAUUAAAUGUUACACUGCACUUCUAGUUCAUGUAAAUAUGCAGAUCUUUUGGAAUUUUGACUGGUUUUAAAUGUGUGUUUUUUUUGUAAUUUACUAAUUUGUCUGAUCUGUCUGAUUUUUACGCCAGUCACACAGUUGCCUUACCUUGUUAUGGUGUUUUUCAUAUUGUAUUGUCAUUUUUAAUAUUCUGAGAAGUGUAAAUGUCAGCACAUCAGGGCACAUAAUGCCGCAGCCCAGACUAUUGCAGAUCAAGAUCAUGGUGGUUUUUUUAAAAAAAAUUCAAGUGUGAUCAUUUGCCCGAGUGAAUUAAUUAACAUGAAAAUGUCUCAAUAACCACAAACAAUAACUGCCUAUUGUUUUUUUGGUUUUUUUUGUAUGAAUUUUUUAACCAAAAUGUACUACCUGUAGGCGAUAGUGCUGAGCUUCUUCACUCAGUGUUUUUCAGGAGAUCACGACCAACUGUUUUGGAAAUUUGGUUACAAUGUCAGUCUUACAAGCACGCUUCAUGUACAGUUGUAGUCGAAGCUUCUCCCCCAAUUUUCCUCACUUGUUUACUUGUUUGUUUUAAUAUUGUAUUAGUCUCCACCUACCCCCUCCUCACUACGUCUCAUCUAUUUUUGGCCCUUUGCCAUUUGUCCCUGCCCCCUCUCAUUGAUUCACUUGUUUGUUUGUCUUAAUGCAUUAUCAUUAUAUUAUAUGAGAUUACUUGUAGUGUCCUGGUUGUAUUAUUUCUUAUGGAGCACCUCCACAUACUUGUAAGUAAUUGGCACAUGUGCUGUGUGCAUAUGUACACAAGAUAUACUGUAUGGGUAUGUGUGUAUAAAUAUAUAGGCUUGCAUAUGUGUGUGUUAUGCAAGUGUCUUGUUAAAAAAUUAAUGACACCUGGACACACAAGACACCAGCUGUAAAAAAUGUCAGCUGUGUGAGUUCUUUGGUAUAUGGGCAACGGUGAGCCAAAAUAAACAAUAUCAAA